AUGCAGCCAUUUCUGUCCACCCUGCCCCUGCUUCAGGACAGUACCAGCCCAGGGCCCAAAUCUCCUGCUGAAGAGCUGAGAGAGAAAAUGGAAUAUCCAAAGCCUCUUACCUUUCUCCAGUCCACUGGAAUGGGUACCAGUGCCGUCCAUUUGCCCCUGAAGACACCCACCUGCUGGUCUUUGACAUCUAAGAAGAGCAUCUUGGCCAGGUCAAAACCCUCAGGACAGACCCCUGAGUAUGUCAGCACAUGGAGGGCUGAGCUCAUCACGACCACGGAGCUCAUCUCCACAGAGGAGAACAUGCAGGCAGCACAGGCCACGGGGCCCCUCUCAGCGCCUCCCUACACACUACACAUCACCUGGAAGGAGCUCCUGCUCACAGCAUCAUUUUUAAUCUUGUGGAACACGCCCACCACUGCCCAAGUCAUGAUUGAAGCUCAGCCUACCAAAGUUUCUGAGGGGAAGGAUGUUCUUCUACUUGUCCGCAAUUUGCCCCAGAAAGUUGCUGCCUUUGUCUGGUACAAAGGGCAAAUAAUGGACUUCCACCAAUUCAUUACAGCAUAUACAAUAGACACUGAAAGAAUUAUAUUUGGGUAUGCAUACAGUGGAAGAGAAACACUAUAUUCCAAUGGAUCCCUGCUGAUCCGGAAUGUCACCAAGCAGGACACAGGAUCCUACACCGUAAAAAUCAUGAAUCGAAUGGAGGAGACUAAAGGAGUAACUGUACAUUUCACCUUGUACCUGGAGACUCCCAAGCCCUACAUCUCCAGCAGCAACUUAAACCCCAGGGAGGGCACGGAGACUGUGACCUUAUCCUGUGAUCCUGACACUCAGGAUGUAAGCUACCUGUGGUGGAUAAAUGGUCAGAGCCUCCCUAUCAGUCGCCCGUGGCAGCUGUGCGAAAACAACAGGAUCCUCAUGCUAUAUGGUGUCACAAAGGAUAUUGCAGGACCCUAUGAAUGUGAAAUGAAGAACCCAGUGAGUUCCAGCCGCAGCGACCCAGUCACCCUGAAUCUCCUCUGUGAGUAUCUUCUGUUCCUUUGUGAGCCAGGCUGCCAUCCCAAAUACACAUGGCCAGAGACCAGGCCUCCCAGUCCCUCUCAGGUCCAAGUACAGAGACCUUUAUCCCUGGACAUCAAAGCUGGCCAUGACUACUAAGAGUAGGCUUAGGUUUGAUCAAGAAUUGGACAGAAGAGGCUGCUUCUGUCAAGGGAGGCUCAGGGUCCACAGGUUAUGUUGGGAGAAAUAGGUGAAUGUCUCAGGCUCCAGAUCAGUGAACACAGCAGGGAUUUGGCUGGGACUUCAGUGUUGUGACUUAGCUCAGAGGGUCACUGUGGCCCUUCCACAGACCAGGAUUUUCCCUUCCCUCUGACAACAUCACCUGUGACUUUAUUCUCUUUGCUCCAGAUGGUCUGGAUGCCCCCACCAUUUCUUCUUCAUACACCUAUUAGCACACAGGGGAAGUCCUCAAGCUCUCCUGCCUCGCAGACUCUCACCCACUGGCAGAGCAUUCUUGGCUGAUUGAUGGGAAGUUCCAGCAAUCAGCACAAGUGUUUUUUAUCUCCCAAAUCACUAAAACAUAUACAGGGGUUUAUGUCUGUUUCAUCCAUAACUCAGCCACUUGUGGAACAAAUCUCAUAAUCAAGAGGAUCAUAGUCCCUGGCAAGUGGAUCCCUGGAACUUUGGCAGCAUGUUUUCCAGUGAAGUCUAUCUGGCUAUCAGGGAAGAGCCACUUGCCCUCUGCAAAGGGAGAGGGAAAAUCAAAACCCAGGACAGGGAAUAUGUUUCUGCUUCAAAACCACCAGCUUUUGCCUGUCCCCUUCACUCUUUCUAGUUCAUUCUUUAGACUAUACAGUAACAGUGAACAAUCUGAAAGGAAAUUAAGAAAAGAAUUUCCAUUCACAUUAACAUCAAAAGGAACAAAAUAUUUUGGAAUAAGUUUAACCAAAAACGUCAAAGGGUUAUACCCUGAAAACUCCAAAACAUUACUGAAAGAAACUAAAGACGACA